AGGAAACACCCGUUCAAAGGGGGAAAUAGUGGAGGCUAGCCAACUUUUCACUGCCAUUGAAAAAAGAUUCAAGUUAUGUUUUUCCACCGCGUUUUGAGGUGAAAAUUAUCUCCCAGCAUGUAUGCUUCUGGAACGGAGAGUUUGAUCAAGCAAGCGAGAGAAAUUCAAGAGGAAGAGCUACAGAAGUUCUAUAGCCGCAUAUCUAAACUUGUCCACACCAAAGACUAUGGAAACGAGACAGUUGAUUCUUUGCAGAGGCUUCACUUAAUAGUGUCAGCAACCAAGUAUGGUCGGACGAUUCCGUCCGACCUUUACAAGAAGCUUCAGGCACUGCUGUGCUCACCAAGCACGCCAGAGCAGAUCCAGGUUUUGUGUUCCGGUACGCUGAGAGAGAGCCUGCCCAUCCGCGUCCACAAUCUGUCAACAGAGGACAUCCAAGACAGCCGGACCAUCAACUAUGUGGCAGCUGUCAUUCUUGCACAGGCGGGACACAAAAAUGACCUCACUGCCCUCAGUAACCAGCUCCUGAAGAGUCUGGAGUCCCGGCAGCCAGAGUGCCAGAUAUCCAGACACGUGCUUCCUAUUCUCUCCAAGGUCAUCAGUUUCUCUCCUGAGAGUCUAACUGAAGAUCACAUCAACCUGGUCAACCGGAAGCUGGUGGAUUGGCUGCGGUAUGCCAGUGUCCAACAGGGGGCGUCCAUGUCCUCUGGAGGCUUUUUCACCGGACCCAGAUCCCGGCAGCCCGCUCCUCUGACGGAGGUGGACGGGGCCGUUGCCGGAGACUUCUUCACCGUGCUGUGUGUGGGGCAGAGCUACACGGAGGACCAGUGGAUGAACAUGUACGCCUUCUCCAUGAUCAGGAAGUGGCUGCUGACCUACGACACGGAGGGGACCGGCAAUGCGGAUGCAGCUCACCUUAAGAGAGCACAUUACAUGCAAUCCCUGUCGCAAGAUGACAGGUCAGAGGUGGACGGGUCGGUGAUGUCCAUGGUGUCGGCUACGUCAUCGUCCAGUCGCCUGUUGCCGCCCAAAGAGCGCCUGAGGGAGAAGGCCUUUGAGUACUGCCACAGACUCAUCGAGCAGAGCGACCGCAAGGCCCAGAAGAAGGCUGAUACGGAGCUGCAGAAAGCUUGCCUUGUGGAGGCGGUGACUGUCAUGGACAUCAUCUGCAAGGAAGACCCGUCCUUCGUUUACCGGGCGUUCCCCUGCAUCAAGGCCCUGUACGGCCGCCUGAACGCAGAGCUGGCCUUCGCCCGCGUCGUACUCCCCAUUGCGCAGUUCUAUCUUAACCACAGCGAGACGGCGGCGGUGGACUCCGAGGCGGUGUUCCGGCAGCUGUUCUCGCAGUUCCCCGGAGAGCUCUUCAACGAGUCGCUGCUGGCCUUCGAGUUCACCCAGUUCUGCAGGGCCAACGUGGCCGUGCUGCAGGAGGGAGUGGCCCUCUACAGGCAGAGCUUCCCUAACCUGCUGAAGUUCCUGGCCUGGAACAGCCCGGCCCUGAUCUCAGAGUUUGCUGAGCUCCUGCCCUCCCUGCUGUGUCCUGAGACAGCCAUCGAGGUCCUGCACUCCCUGCUGGACCUGCCGUGUCUGGCUGCAGCCCUCGACCUCCAGCUCAGGUCUGCAUCCCUCCAGGCCCCUGAGAAGACCCUGUGGGACCAGGGGCCCAAGGUCACCAGCUCUCUGGAGGCCUUCCGGCAGCCCUCCUAUCGGGGCAUGUUCCUGUACAUACUGCGCCCAGAGGCCGGGACCGGGGACACCAUCGACAGGUUGAGCUUACUCCACGAGGUCCUGGCGGACAUGGCGGAGAGCCCGCGCACGGUGCAGUGUGCCCAGACCGUCCCCGUCCUCCUGCACCUCUUCUUCAACACCGUCGUCCAGUUUGCAGACAAGAAGCUGAUUAACCAGCUGGUCCUCAUCCUGCUGGAGAGAAGUGGUCUGCUGUUCAACAUUCGCAACUACAAGACCGAAGUGCAGAGAGUGUUCAGCUCCCACUUGCUGGUCUUAUGCAAGCUACACCCGUCUCUCAUAGUGGAACAGUCCAGGGAGCUGAUAGACUUCACUUGCACCACAGCCAACAUAUACAGCAAAGAGGACCUCUACAUUCACAUGGUGUGGGUGAUCGGGGAGUACCUCUCCGUGUCCCAUGAUGCUCGCUGCACGGUGGAGCAGAUCACCUCUUUCUUCGAGACGUUGGAGGCGGUGCUGUUCGAGAUCAUGCAGGUGCGGCAGCUGGCCGGCCCUCCCCGCUACUCGCCACGCCUCAUCACCGUGCUCAUGACCACGCUGGCCAAACUGGCGUCCCGCAGCCAGGACCUCAUCCCCAGGGUUUCUCUGUUCCUGUCCAAGAUGCGCUCGUUCGCUCGCAGUGCGACUGUGGCCUCCUGCUUCAGCGAGGAGGACCUGGAGGAGAUCCUGACCCGCGCCCACGAGCUCAUCAACCUGCUCAAGCUGCCCAGCGUGGCCCAGUUUGUCCUGGCGCCCUCCGCCCGAGGGGACAGCCCCCGCUGGCACCGCGACUCCAACGCCUCCCUGCCGCUGUCCAUGAGGACCGUCAGCAGUCUGCUGCACAAACACGGCAGCUUCCAGCACUGCUGACUUUAGCACGCUAAUGUACAACCUCUUCUAGCACUGGUGAACUUAGCAUGCUAAUGUACAACCUCUCCAGCACUGCUGGUCUUAGCAUGCUAAUGUACAACCUCUCCAGCACUGCUGACAUUAGCGUGUUAAUGUACAACCUCUUCUAGCACUGGUGAACUUAGCGCGCUAAUGUACAACCUCUCCACCUCUCCAGCUCUGCUGGGCUUAGCGUGUUAAUGUUCAACCUCUUCUAGCACUGCUGAGCUUAGCAUACUAAUGUACAACCUCACCCAACACUGCUGAGCUUAGCAUGCUAAUAUACAACCACUCCAGCAUAGCGGUGCUUAGCAUGCUAACAUAGAACCUCUCCAGCAUAGCGGUGCUUAGCAUGCUAAUAUACAACCUCUCCAGCAUAGCGGUGCUUAGCGUGCUAAUGUACAACCUCUCCCGGCACUGCUGAGCGUAGCACGCUAAUGUACAACCUCACUCUGUUCUGGUCAAACCAGAUUGUUGGGAAACUGCACCAUGCUGUAGUGAAGCAUUUAUCUUCACUUAUAUGCAUUUGCAGUCUACAUUGAAUGCAUUUACUGCUGGAGGCUGAUAGCUUAUGCAGCAGAAAUAUGUUCUAUGAUUUAUGAUUCAGUUAAUAUAGAAUUUUUCUAAACAUUAAAUGUGUUAAUAUUUUGAUUCUCAAUAUUUGAUCAUUUUGUUUCUUGUGUGUUGAGAAAUCACUUUCGGCCUUGGUGGGGUUUACUUGUCAAGACACAUUUUGAAGAAAAGCAUUGGAUUCAGUUGAAUGGUAAAUGUAAUCAGAUGUCCAAUCAUAGAUUCAUGUCAUUUUGUACAUUCUUGUACUGAGCUUUCAUUUCUCCUAAGUAAAGAAAUGGGAAGAAACAGAAAGCUCCAUUGUUUUGGUGGUUGGGCAGAAGUUGUUCUUGGCAAUUGGAUUGUGGAUGUAUCAAAACAUUCCUGCAGUAGCAUAAGACAUAUUCAUUCGUAACAAAUGAAUAUGCAUGCCUUAAUAUACAUAUGAUAUUUGUCUCUGUGAGGUCAGUAAUGGAUGUCAUGGACACGUGUAUGGCUUACAGUUACAGUCAGUCAACAUAUCCCUCUGGAUAAAUGUUUAAAUUUGAUUAAAACCUAUGCCCAAAAUUUCAGGAAUAAAAUCUUUUGGAUGUU